CGUCACUUGAAAGGCUGGUGGAUUAGGAGCGACUGGGGCCAUAUAAGGGAUAAAAUAAUCAAAAGGGGGAAGUAAAAAGAGUGUAAUUUAUUUCUCAUUUAAGGUUGAGUAAUUAAGUCGACUUUAUUCCGAGACGUUUUCAACUCGGAUCCAAGUUAUUAAAAUGGCGGAUACCAAAUCAGAUUCCAAAGCUGCGAUCGAUCGUCAAGUAGAGGGCGAUAGAGAGAAGCGUGGGAUGUGGGGCAGUCAGGUGGAGUUUCUACUUUCAUGCAUCGGAUAUUGUGUUGGGUUGGGCAACGUAUGGAGGUUUCCUUACCUUGCAUACCAGAGUGGAGGAGGUGCUUUUCUCAUCCCAUAUAUUAUAAUGCUGACGUUUUGUGGAAUUCCUUUGUUUUUGAUUGAGUUAGGAUUCGGUCAGUUCUCUGGUUACGGCGCCAUCACCGCGUGGCGAGCAAGCCCAAUGUUCAAAGGGAUCGGCUUCGGGAUGUUACUCGUCUCAUUUUUCGUCAUAAUAUACUACAACGUCAUAAUCGCGUACGCGUUCUACUAUAUGUUCGCGUCGUUCACUAGCGUCCUCCCGUGGACAUUAUGCGAUCAAUGGUGGAACAAGGAAGCUCAAUGUGGAACGCCAACAACGAUGUUAAACUGCACCAACAAUUGCACAAUGAACGCGACAAUGUCUCCUGUCAACGUCACAAUGAAAGUCACCGCUAUAAAACGUGUCAGUCCAAGCGAGGAAUACUGGAAAUAUCGAGUUCUUCGCAUCGAUAGAAGCUCUGGCAUCGGCGAUCCAGGACCAGUGUUGUGGGAUUUGUGUCUAUGUUUGUUGUUGUCGUGGUUGGUCGUGUUUUUCUGUUUGAUGAAAGGAGUUAAAUCAUCGGGAAAGGUCGUCUAUUUCACCGCCACUUUCCCCUAUCUCAUUCUGUUUAUUCUACUCAUCAGAGGUGUCACGCUAGAUGGCGCUGGAGAAGGCAUCAAGUUCUACGUCACGCCUCAAUGGGAACGGUUGAAGGAUUCGAAAGUGUGGAGCCAAGCAGCAACUCAAAUAUUUUAUUCUUUGGGAAUUUCGUUCGGCGGUUUGUUGACGUUUGCCUCUUAUAAUAGAUUCUCGCAGAAUAUAUACAGAGACACAUUAAUCGUUGCCCUUGGUAACUGUGGUACAAGCAUCUUCGCCGGGUUCGUCAUAUUCUCGGUGAUUGGCCACAUGGCGUUCAAACUUAAUCUUAAUGUGGACCAGGUAGUCGACCAAGGUCCAGGCUUGGCUUUCAUUGCAUACCCGGAAGCCGUCGCGUUACUUCCAGCGCCACAACUUUGGUCGAUCUUGUUUUUCUUCAUGCUGAUCACUCUGGGCCUCGACAGCCAGUUUGCGAUGGCGGAGACCGUAAUCACCGGACUCAGCGACGAAUUCCCGCAUUACCUUCGCGACCACAAGUCCAAAUUGACAGCCUUAAUUUGCGGGAUUUGUUUCUUACUUGGGUUGCUUCUGGUUACUGAAGGUGGCUUCCACUGGUUCAACUUAUACAACUGGUACAGCGCGUAUUACGGCCUUUACUUUCUAACAAUCUUCCUUUGCCUUGCGGUAACAUAUGGUUACGGACAUUUCUUUACCCACCCAUGGAGAUUCAACAAGGACAUGAAACUCAUGUUGGGUCACGAACCCAACUGGUAUUACCGCAUUAACUGGAUGUUGAUCAGUCCAGCACUGCUAUUCUUUAUCUCAAUAUUUUCGAUCGUCAACUACAGCCCGAUAUCCUUAAACAACGUGGUUUACCCCAAGUGGGCGGACAACCUCGGGAUGUGCAUGAGUUUAACAGUAGCGGCGGUGGUUCCUCUAUACAUGAUAUACAGAGCAUCAUAUGCUUGGUACAAAGGCGAGGAUAUUGCUAAGUUAUUCAAGCCUGAAGCGAAGUGGGGACCACAGGAUCGUAGCAUCGCAUACGACCCUGUCCAUGGUGCUGUUCCCAUUGGCGGGUUAAACGCGAAGCAAGGUUAUGGUCAAGACGUGGACGACAAAAUACCCGAUCCCUUCCCAAUUUCUUUGUAAAUAACCAACUAACAACGUGUGAUAGCAAUGUUAAUGCGUAUUCUUAUAUUAGAUCUAAUAUUAACAUUAUACUAACCAACUAACAAAAUGUAUAUGUCCAGUGCAGUAAAGAGUUUGAGCAAAUAAAACAUUAACGAAAGCAAC